AUCACUAAUUUUAUGGAUUUACUAACAAACUGGCUGUUCAGUAUAAAAUUUGCCUAUUCCUCUCUUUUUGUAAGACAAACAAUUUUUAAAUUUCUAAAUUGUAAAAUGACAACACUUACUGAAUCACUAUUAACUCAGCUUCAAGAAAACCCUCUAAACUGGUUUCUUUCAAGUUUUCUUAUUUAUGUCGUUUAUUCUUAUUUUACACCGCCACCUUAUCAAUUACCAAUUGCAAAACAUCCCGAGACAACUAUCUUCAGAGAAUAUACACCAAAACAGCUAAGGGAAUACGACGGAAGAACUCCACAAACAAAAAUUUACAUGGGCGUUUGUGGUAAAGUCUAUGAUGUAUCUAGGGGGCGCAACUUUUAUGGUCCAGACGGCCCUUACGGAAAUUUUGCUGGACGUGAUGCUUCUCGUGGAUUAGCUAAAAAUUCUUUUGAGAUGGAUGUACUUACUCCAAUUGAUCAACCUCUCGACACUUUGGAAGAUUUGGAUUCGGAAGAAUUAAAUAGUCUUAAAGAAUGGCAUAGUCAUUUUGCAUCAAAAUAUGAAUAUGUAGGGAAACUAGUAAACGAACCACAAUAUAGUUCAUAAUAGUUGGUAAUCAAGUAACUUUAUCUAAUAUUUAAUAUCAAAUCAGUAUUUGUUACAUUUUUUUUUUGACAAAACCCUAUAUAUAAUAUAAUAAUUUUAUUUUCGGCCAUUUUUUGAUGGGUCAAUCGAAAAUUUUAUUUUUCCAUCUUGUCCAAGUUCUGUCAUAAUACCAACAUCUUGUAGGGCCGGAUGUUGUACUGUUUCGAUUGGUGUAAGCUGUUCAACAAGUUUUUGAUUCUCGGGAUUAUUAAUUAAAAGAUUUCGUAAAGCAAAGAUUGCAUAUUCCCGAAUAUCUAUAAUGUGCAUACAUUGUUUAAUGAGAAUUUUAAAAGAUAAUGAAAUAUUCUAAACUAUGAUUCUCACAUGGAUUAUUGUCAUCAAUAUUGCAUUGAUUUAAUAUUAAAGGAAUUCCACCUAACUCACGAACUUCAUCUUGAACGAUCUU